GUUUGUUUUCACAGAGAGCAAGUAGCGGAACAGAACGGUUGUCGCACAAUCUUAAAACGGUUAUAUUUACACUUUCUGUCCGCGAAUAAUAGUUCAGUGGCCUGUGCCAUGGCUCUGUGCGGGGGUGUUGGAGCCAUGGCUUUACCUAGCGAGCUUAUCGUCCACAUAUUUUCAUUCUUGUCCGACCGUGACAAGCUUCGGGCCUCGUCCGUGUGCUCUCGCUGGAGGGAGUGUCUGUUUUACCCAUCGCUUUGGACGGAGCUCAAGUUGCGUGUCGGAGGUGGCUCGAACGGGGGAGGCUAUGGCUCCGAACAGACCCCAAGAUUAGAAUUUCUCAUGAGGAAGUUUGGCUCCUUCGUGCGCGAGCUACAGCUCGAGUUUGCCCCUGUUGAAGGAUAUCUAAGGCCACUGAACGGAGUGGAGGGCAGGAUGGAAUCUGUCGAAAGCGACCCUCAGUUCCCUGGCCGCUGGAAAGACGCAAUUAUCACCUAUUUGGACCAGGUGUUGUGUGUCCUCGGAUGUAUUCGAAACAACAGGUAGUUGGAUACAUCAAUGAUUCAACAUAAUGUUUAAUGCAAAGUGCGUCAGCAACGCCAUACUCGUCAAUUUGAGUGUUUGUUGGGUCUGCGUAGUCAGCGAGCUAACCUUUAGCUAGCCUAACUAUAAACAAGCCCAUGUCAUUACGUAAUCGGGUUAUGUCGUUCUCUACGGAUUUCUGCGUAUACUGCUUGAUUGACGUGUAGUUUUUUUGCCUAUUCAAGCUAUAAUCUAGCUACUUGGUAUAUAGGACAUGUCAGUCUGUUUUUCUGCCUGUUAUGCAAAGAAUGUUGCUAGGGCAUGUUUAUAAUUUGAACUACAUUGCAGCAGCAGUGGUAGUCAUGGUCAGGUAAUCUAUAAAGUGAACCCCUGAGGUCAGCAACGACAUUGGCAGCAUGCUUUCAUAUGCAAGUCUGGCUUCUCAAACCUGUACUAGCAAUAUGCCAAUAUCUUUUGGACGCAUUCUGUCCUGAAAAGUUCCAGAUGCACUGCCUCAUAGGGAGACUAAAGCUGUCUUGAGGCAUUUCGUUGUUGGUAGUUAAUUCCAGUGCUUAUUCAAUAACAGCACACUUGUGAAAGAGAGCUCUAGAGAUGUUGGUUGUACAGUCAUAUGAGGAAUGCUGGGUUUGUGGUGCACACCAGUGAUGUUGAAAGGUGCUGAUUGUCACAGGCCUUCUGGCAAAUUGGUGAGGACAUGCAUACCGUUUGAGCUUGUUUGCAGUCAUGUUUGUUGCAGAGUACAAUUAGAACAUACUGUCACUGACCUCCACUAUGGCUGAUUGUGUCCGGUUUUGUCUAAAGCUCAAACUUCUUUCUCGCUCUAGAAAUCUCCAGAAGCUGAGUCUGUAUGGGGAUACCUGCAUUCUUCAGGAUGAGGGCAUUCUGGACAGUGCCUAUCUCAACCAGGUUGACCAAGGAGGAAUGAAAAUCAAAGAGUGAGUGGCUUUAAGGCUAGGCUAUAUCUUGCCCAAGGCGACAAAAGGGCAUAUAGGGGUCACAAUCACAGUACAAACUGUCCUCAGUUGAAAUUCUGCCUCAUAGAAUUACAUAUAGAACACAUAACUAGGUAAUAUAAUAGGAUCUAUGUUCUGCCUAGUUUUUGUUCUGUAUUCAUUUUCAUUGUGAGUAGGCUUUUAUUUGCAGAUAUGGAAGAGAGUCAGACGUUACAAAGAUUGUAACUUUCUCUCCCUCUGUCUCUGUGUGUAUUCCUCUGGCCUGGAGUAGGAUCCAGCAGCUGUUAGUAGAAGUUUUGUCUAACAGCAGGCAGAUGAAGUGGCUGUCCUCAGCCUUCAUGCUGGGUGUGGUAACCCCCUGCUCCCUGGCCUCUUUGUCCAACCCCAGCGCUGCCUCCCUGGAGCACCUCAGCCUGCUGGACAACCAGCUGCCCUGCCUGGCCUCCCCUGUGGAGCUGGAACGGCUUGUCCACCUGCGUUCCCUGGCCCUCGACUUCUGUGACUUCACCUCUGAGAUGUGCUGCUUACUGGCAGGAGGAGACCGUGCUCCACUACACCGCCUCUCCCUGAUGGUGAAUGGCGCCGCUCUGGAGGCCAAGCCCCUCGAUGGCACCGCCAGUGAGGACGACUGGAAGGCCCUGGUCCGCCGCUGCGCUAACCUGCGGGUCUACAUGAUGGCCCUGGAUGUGUCCAGCCAGGACCUGCUGAGGGUGCUCAAGCCCAGCCUGCCCCUGGAGAGGAUCCACCUGGACAGCUACUCCACCCUGGUCACAGACGGCACCCUGGAGCUCAUCGCCCAGCAGUACAACAAGACCCUGAGCCACUUCGUCCUGAUGAGGGAUGACACCGGCUUCCCUGACCUCAGCGUCAACCGCAACGAGGACCCGCUGGUCCUGCUGGCCUGGCGCUGCGUACACCUCUCUGUCCUGGUCAUCCACGGUGAGUCAGCCUGGGUCAAAAGCUAGUAUUACAUAGCUGAACACUUUUAGUGUAGCCUAACAUUUUAAUGGGAGUGAUUUUGAUUUCCAAUAUCAUGGGUUCUACAAGUUGCUCUGAUAGAAAGAAAGAUGUAUAACUGGUUAUUUUCUAGGAGUAAUGUUAUGUCUAGUGUGUGUGUAGAGGUCAUAUUGGCAGCAUGUUGAUUUGUAUAGCACAGAGCAAUUGGAGUUUGUUUAUAUUCAGUAUGCAGUAUGUUCUUUCUACAGUGGUGUUCAAUGUGAUUCUCCUCUGUCUGAACACCACAGGCUACACUGUGUGGUCCCACAACCUGGUGGCCAUCUCCCGUCUGCGUGGCUCCAGCCUUAAGGUCCUGGCCGUGUCCGAGGAGAGUAUCGACUUCGACCCGGACCAGGGGGUCUUCAUGGAGGGUGACCCCGUCCACAACCUGGUGAAGGAGGUUUCCCAGGGCCUGGGGCGCAUCUGGCACCCCUCCAUGGACUCCAACUUGGUCCUCAGUGAGCCCACCCAGCACUUCCACAGGGAGAUGCAGAGCUUCAGCCUGGGCAUGUAGGCUAGAGCUACAGCCGCCAGGCCGGGCCUCCGUCUGGGUCGUGUUCAUUAGGCACCA